AGUCUACUCUGUACCCCUGAUUGCGACGCAGCGCUUCCAUUGCGCUCUUCACAGUCACAAUGGCUAUUGACGCGAUGGAGAUUGAUUCACAAAUUGCUUCUCCGGCAUUAAACCGUUCGCCGGAGAAGGAGCGCAAACGCAAGCACAAGGACACUUCAUCCCCGUCGAAAAAGAAGCGCAAGCACACAAUCACCGAUGAACAAGCGACUCCGAUGCCCAUUCGUGAUAAGAAAAGCAGCAGCAGCAGCACAAGCAAGAAGUCAUCAUUGAAGAGCCAGAAGAAGUCCACAAAUGCGCCUGCCGAAAGCUCCCCCUAUACUCUCACCACCGCAACCCUCUACCUCCCACUAUCACCCAUCUCCAUUUCUCCAACCCAUGCGCAGGCCUCUCUCAUGGCCGAGCACCUCUCCCCGCUGCUUCUUACCUACUACCCACCACUUCAGGGUAUUGUCCUGGCUUAUUCCAAUGUCACGAUUUCCAGCACGCCCCCCAAUAGCCCGGAGUCCGCGGCCGCGGCCGCAGCCACCGAAGACCACCCGCAACCCCUCACUCUGGCCCGCACCGCCGGCGAGUACGGAGUUCUCUAUGUCUACCUCACUGCCACCUUCCUUGUUUUCCGUCCGCAGCGCGGUCAACUCCUGGAGGGCUGGGUCAAUGUACAAUCGGAGGGUUUCCUCGGCGCCAUCGCCCUGAACCUCUUCUCCGUCGGUAUCGAACGGAAACGCCUCCCCUCCAACUGGAAAUGGAUUCCGCCAGGUGACGAGCAGGAAGUCGAGUCAAGCACUGCUACCACGACCACCACCAUUUCUACCACCAAUAACACAUCCAGUGACGAUACCAAGCGAUUCCCAUCCUCAGAUGAUGACGACGAUGACGAGUCGGAUUCCGAAUCCAAGCCUAAAUUCGAUCCCGAACUCGAGCACUUUACUCCCGUGACCCUUGCGUCCGACGCCAACCCCCUCAACCCCUCUAACUCAAACCCCAGCACCGACCUGUCUGCCAUCAAUGACCCUACUACCGCCGCCAAUGCCAACCACGAAGACGACGACGAGGUAGAGGGCUACUUCCAAUCCGUCUCAGGCCACCGCGUGCGCGGCACGAUCAAGUUUCGCGUUGUCGACAUCGACGUCAUUCCCGGCUCCGAACGGGACCGCGGGUUCAUCAGCAUUGAGGGCACAAUGCUCACCCCGGAGGAGGAAGUCCAGGUUCUGGAGGACGAGCGGAACGGAAUCCUGUCGUCCGCUGGACCGGGCUCCAGCAGACGACACGGGAGCGUCGACACCCCCUCGGUCUCAUUCACCGUACCGCUUGGUGCUGCCAAAACGGAUCGAGUUGAUGAACUCCGGGACGUCGACGACCAGGAGAAGGAGGAAAUCGCUGCGGUCGACACUCCCUCCAAGUCCACUAGUAGCACCAAAAUCAAGAAGGAGAAGAAGAGCAAGUCCUCCUCUUCAUCCGUUAAAAAAGAGAAGAAGGAGAAGAAGUCUAAGGAUUAG